AUGGAGAAGGUUGUGAGGAAGAGGAAGAUGCCUCAGGACCCCCAAGAAGAGCAGGAGCUGAGGAUGGAGAUCAGGAAGGAUAAAUCCCUGCAGCAGAACCUUAUGGAAGAAGCUGUUUUAAGCAACUCCACAGCACAGGAAUCCAACAGGGAGGAAAAUCCCCAGCGACACCACAGGAGGAGGGGCUGCAAGCCCAGCCCAGGAUGCUCUGAGGAGGAAAGACCCACUCUGGGCCAGGAAGGUGGACAGAGCUUCAGCCAGAGCUCCAGGCAGAGCUGGGAGCUGGUUGUCCCUGAGCAGCAUCAUGAUGGGGAGAAGCCCUACGAGUGCUCAGAGUGUGGGAAGAGCUUCAGGCAGAUCAAUAAUCUGAAACGCCACCUGAUGAUCCACACCGGGGAAUGGCCCUACGAGUGUGGGGAGUGUGGGAAGGGCUUCAGCUGCAACUCUCACCUUGUCAGCCACCAACACAUCCACACCGGGGAAUGGCCCUACGAGUGUGGGGAAUGUGGGAAGGGCUUCAGACAGAGCUCCAACCUCAUCAUCCACCAACGCAUCCACACUGGGGAGAGGCCCUACGAGUGUCCUGAGUGCCAGAAGAGUUUUCAGACCAGCUCUGGUCUCCUCAGACACCAGCGGAUUCACACGGAUGAGAGGCCCUUCCGCUGCCCUGACUGCAGGAAGGGCUUCAAGCGCAACUCCACCCUCGUCACACACCAGCGCAUCCACACCAGGGAGAAGCCCUACAUGUGCCCCACUU